AAAUGUUAUGGGAUGAUUGUUCAGAGUGACAGACUGCCAUUGAGACAAGGUGUAUUGUGACAGGCAGAAAGGGACAAUGCAAGGUGUGUUUGUACAGUGAAAAAUGAGAAUGAGCAGACUGUGAGGUGAAAGAGACAGCAAGGUAACAGACAUGCAACAAGAGAAGAGAAGAGUGCAAUAGAAAAUGAGAGAGAGAGACAGACAGAGAGGAAUUGGGAGAGAAAGAGAGUGAGAGAGACAGAGAGAGUGACAGGCAGAGUCUCAGAUCCUCCUCCUACCUGCUCCCUGUUACCUGCUCUACUCAACAUGUAUGGGCACAUUGAACUGCAGAGAGGACGAUGACUGCACACCAGCUCUGCGCUGCAGCUCUCUCCUUGGGAGUCAAGUGAUAAUCUUCUUCUCCCUGCCCUCCUCUCAUCCUCCUCAGUCCCCCCUCUGCCCAUGGAGCCGGGCACAGCACCAUGCCUGAACCCUCCUGUGACUCUACCAGCAAGCUAUCGUCUACUUCUGGGUUAAAGGAAACAUGCCAUUGUCUGGAUCUGCUCUAAAAACUGCUCUCUCAUUUUUUUUCCUAACUGUUGAUGGAUGAACCUUUUGUCUAGACCAUGCACAGACACUCUCGGAGGUGGCUCUUUUAUGUGUUUCUAUGCUUUGGGAUCAUCUACAUGAAACUGGGAGCUUUGUCAUCCGUGGUGGCUUUGGGAGCAAACAUCAUCUGCAACAAGAUUCCAGGGUUGGCGCCUCGGCAAAGAGCCAUCUGCGAGAGCCGCCCGGAUGCUAUUAUAGUUAUUGGAGAAGGGGCACAGAUGGGGAUCAAUGAAUGUCAGUAUCAGUUCCGCUACUCCCGAUGGAACUGCUCAGCACUCGGAGAGAGGACAGUAUUCGGACAAGAGCUACGAGUAGGUAGCAGGGAAGCUGCUUUCACCUACGCCAUAACCGCCGCCGGGGUGGCACAUGCAGUGACUUCUGCCUGCAGCCAGGGAAACUUCAGUAAUUGCGGCUGUGACCGGGAAAAGCAGGGCUACUACAACCAGGAAGAGGGCUGGAAGUGGGGAGGAUGCUCGGCUGACAUCAGAUACGGCAUUGAGUUCUCCAGGAAGUUUGUGGAUGCUCGGGAAAUAAGGAAGAAUGCCCGGCGGCUCAUGAAUUUACACAAUAAUGAAGCCGGAAGAAAGAUACUCGAAGAACAGAUGAAACUGGAAUGCAAGUGCCAUGGUGUUUCGGGCUCCUGCACCACAAAGACCUGCUGGAACACUUUGCCUAAAUUUCGGGACAUCGGCUUCAUCUUAAAAGAGAAGUACAACGAUGCAGUGCACGUGGAAGUGGUUCGGGCGAACCGGCUCCGCCAGCCCACCUUCCUCAAGAUCAAAAAGAUUAAAAACUACCAAAAGCCCAUGGAGACAGACCUGGUCUACAUUGAGCGAUCUCCAAACUACUGCGAAGAAGACAGCUCCACCGGUAGCGUAGGGACUCAAGGGCGGCUGUGUAACCGCACCUCUCCACAUGUGGACGGCUGUGAUCUUAUGUGUUGCGGCAGAGGGUAUAACACCCACCAGUACACCAAAGUUUGGCAGUGCAACUGUAAAUUUCACUGGUGCUGUUUUGUCAAGUGCAACACAUGCAGUGAAAGGACAGAGGUUUUCACCUGCAAGUAACGCAACAACCAGGAAACCUAUAGCAGGACCACUUUGGCUCCAUUUUGCACACUUGAUUUUCUUUUUCUUAAGAAAAUUACACCCUUACAGGCAGGGAGGGGGAAACAUUUCUUUCGUUAAGCGUUGGCUGUUCCGUCGGGAGAAUGGCACCUUUACAUGCUGGAGGGUUUUCGUGUAGUUAUUUAUAAAUCGUACGUCAAGCAGAGGAGAAUAAAAAAAUAUCCGUACACGAGGAGGGUUGUAGGACUACAAAAGGAGGGACCAAUCGAACAAAACUAUUUUCAAUAGUCUCAGCUAUUGGAUAGAACUACAAUUUGUUUCACCUGCCAGUCACACUGGAAUAACUGGACAUUAAAAAAAAAGAAAAUUAUUAUUAUUAAUUUAUGUUUUAAUAGUAUGAACAAAUUCAGAGCACUAACGGGUAGUUUGUGUCUUAAUUCUCUACUAAAUGUUAAGCUUAGAGAUGUCUGACUUACCAUAAAUCUUGUAUAUGUUGUUUUUCUAACUAUUUUCCAUGCUACUGAGCUCUCGAUAAAAGGGGUCUUAAACUUUG